AUGAGCCCGUUAGGGCCGCCAAAAAUUGCCUACGCGGACAGUGUUUCAUGUCCACAUGGCGGGGUAUUGGUAAAGUUUUCAACUAGCAAUAAUCGCACCUCGGAUGGACCUCAUUGGUUACGAUAUCGCCACUGCGCAAAGCUGAAGAAUACGACGAUCGGCACCCAUAUAUGUGUGGUGCGGGGCCCGAGCGCGGCGUGCGGACGUCCCGGUGGCCGGACACGAUUUUCGGAGCUCGGCGAGCGUCCCGCUUGA